AUGGCCCGUUUGAAUGAUCUCACGGCUCCCUUGGAGUCGGUUGAGGCGCUGAAACGACGAUUUGUACGACAGAACCGUGAGAUUGCCCGCGUCAACUCCAUGCAAUCUUUGCGCAUCCGCAGCUUGGAAUCAGAAGUUUCUCAUCUCCUCGCCGAAAAUGUGUCUCUCCGAGAACAGGUCAUCAAUCUCAACCAGGAGGUCGAACGUCUAGAGUCAUCCAAGAUGCUUCAAGACGGGGUCUAUGCAAUCAAAUCCCGCCUGGAUGCAAAGCUGUUGGAGCUGAGCACUUUAGCGUCGGAAUUAGGGACGUUGCCUCGCAAGCUUGGAAAAUCACCGAGCGAUAACCCGGACGUCGACUCCAAUCGUCCAAAGAUCCUUGCGACCGAGCCCCGAUCUCGAGUCACAGACGUGGACCCUAGUUCAGGGGUCGAAUAUGGCCGGCUUCCAGCCAUUCUCGAAGAUAAAUACUAUCCUCGGAGAACAUUGGAAUCAUACGAAAUCCAGAACAUGGUCCAAGAUGGAUCAAUCCUGGAAUCACCACAUAGCCCAUCCAAGAUGUAUAGAAUUUCGGAUCCUGUUGCGGAAAGUCCCAGCCCUGAGCCGAACGAAAUUUUACCAGUGGAUCAACUUGACGAUUCAACCGACCAUCCAGGACUCCUUCCACCAACCCUCGAGACCCGGAAGAAGAAGAAGAAGAAGUUCGAUACGGCGACUAUACCCACUGAAUCUACAACCGAGGGCGAGCGGGCAAGCCCUGGCGCCCCUUCAUUGCAGCAUACUGCAUCGGGAUCAAAGCGCAAGUUCAGCCCAGACGAGGAUGGCCUAAUGCCUGGCUUCGAACCGAGGGAGGAUGGAUUUCAAUUUAGCCGCGCAAAACACAACCCUCGAAAAUCUAACGACGUAUUUGAUUUUAUGCGCCAGGAUGCUUCACCCAGCAAAACAUCAGUUGACCCGAAGAGCAGCUCGUCCAAGAUUGGAGCCACGAAACGCAAGGUUCUUGAACCAAAGAGUGUGAAUACGAGCCUAGGCUCUCCCCGAAAAGCUCGAUCCUCUUUGCUUUCGGAUAGCAAAAUUUCACAGAGACCGAAGGUGGACGAAAAUAUAAUCUCGCCUCAAAAAUCGAAGGAGCCCGAGACUCCAAACAACAAGACAUUGAGUCAAAAGACCCGCGUUGCCCGACCAGCCGCUGCCUCUCAGAAACAAAAGCGCACGAGUCGAUCCAACAAUGAAGAUUCAUUCCAAGCCCACACGAAGGUUGUACUGAGGGACUCACCGGUGGCGAAACCGGUAGAUAGUCUUACCGGGAUGAUCGAUAUGACAGCCGGAUCUCGACCUUCAAGGCGGCAGCGUGCUGUGGUUAGUUAUGCGGAGCCAAAUCUACGAGACAAGAUGCGCCGCCCUACAAAAGAGAUGAUCGAUGCUGUUGGAGGCCACGGCUCCCGUCGGUCGUCCAGCUUCCAGUUUGUGCGAGACAGUUUGGAAGCAGAAGAUGGUGAACAGAAAGCUAAUAUGAGCCCAUGCCCUUCUGCUGAUUUCACGAGAAAUUUCACCAGUCUAGCUUCAGCAGACCAAGCAGCAGAGCCCUUUGCUCCAGAAGACACGUCAGAUCAGUUGUCAGCGACGGUGUCUCGACGGAGGCGUAAGGUUGCGUUGAAUGGAGAUGCCGACACCAUAUCAACUUCCAAUGCUGGCAGCACAACCGAUCCUAUGAAGGCCUCCAAGGAAUCAAUGGGAUGCAGAGAGCAAUCUCGGCGGCAUUCAUCAAACUCCAAAAGCCUUGCUCGACAUGCAUCAGUUCAGCAUGAUGCCGAUAUAAGUGGAGAGCUAGACAGCAGCCUAGAAGGCGACGAUAUUAUGGGAUGGAGGAAUGCGUCUGCAAUAGAUGCAGGUCAUCGACGAGAGACUCGGGUUGCCGCACGGAGGAAGAGUAUGAUGGUUUGA